AUUUUCUUACCCAGAACCAAUUUUGAUAUUCACAAUAAACAAAACAAAAUGCCGUCCCCGGACACUGUUUCUAACAAUAAUAAACAAAAAAGCAAUCAAAAAAAGUCUCCCGUAAAAAACAUCCAAAGGAAACAUGCAAAUUCUGAGGAGGCAGGGAGAAAGCAAAAUCAGAAGGAAACAGGGAAAAAUUCUGUUAAGCUUCAGCCUGCUGGAAUUGAGGGUUCAGAUCAUGAAGAGGAAGAUGAAAAAGCGACCACUGUAACCAAAAACAUAGAUGACGGAGAUGAAGAAGAAGAGCAAAUUUGCUUUAUUUGUGCAGAACCAAUUUCGUACACGUGUAUUCUUCCCUGUAAUCAUCGUAUGUGUCAUAUUUGUGCGAUACGUUUACGCGCUUUGUAUAAAACUAAAGAAUGUACAUUCUGUAAGGUAUCAUGGGACGUGAUUUCAAUUACCCAAGACCAUAAUAUGGAUAUCCGGGACGUUGAGAUGGAUAAUUUCCCAUUUCAAGACAACAAGCAUGGAGUUGUUUAUGACGAUCAGAAAGUACAAGAUGAAUGUAAUCUUUUGCUUCAAUUCAAUUGUCCGGAGGAAGCUUGCGACAUUACUUGCAAGGGAUGGUUUGAUUUGAAGCUUCACUGCAAAGUGACUCAUCAUAAGUACUUUUGUGAUUUGUGCAUUAAUCACAAGAAAGUGUUUACCCACGAGCAUACUUUAUUUUCUAAAAAAGGAUUGACUAAGCAUUAUGAAGUAGGCGAUCAGGGCACUGAACUUGAUGUUACCGGAUUUAAGGGCCAUCCCAAGUGCGGGUUUUGUAAUACACAUUUUUACGAUGAUGAUGAACUUUAUAAGCAUUGUCGUGAGAGGCAUGAACGCUGUUAUAUUUGUGAUCAACUAGCAGGUCGUCCUACACACCAAUACUACAGAAAUUAUGAUGCCUUGGAACGCCAUUUUGAAAAAGAUCAUUUUGUUUGUUCUGAGAGAGAAUGUGUAGAGAGAAAGUUUGUCGUUUUUGGUAGUGAAAUUGACUUAAAAGCUCAUCAGUUAGAAGAGCAUCCUCAGCGACUUAGUGCUCGAGAAUUACGGGAAGCACGCAGAAUUAUUCCAGAAUUUGAGUAUGAACCUCCAGGAAGCGGUUCGGGGAGAAGUCGCCGAAACCGUAAACAACCUUCUAACGCUUUAACCGAAGAGGCGACUUCUUCAUUGGCGAACUUGCAUCUAUCUCGUGAAGAGAUUGCUCAUAUAAGACAAGAAGAAUACAUGCAUGAGCAACAAGCUCGAAAUAGAGCCUUUGGAUUUGCAUUAUCUUCGCCAGCACCAUCUGCCGCAACAGCUUCCAGACCAAUUUCUGCAACAGCUUCCAGAACCGCUGCUGUGGGAAAGCAAAGGGCUUUGAGAAGAGAAGAAUUCCCUUCGCUUAAUGAACUUACAAAGGCUCAAUCGCAAGCGAAUCGACCUUCUCCCAGUCCUGUUCGCACAACAGCUGCUUCCACUAGCCGUACCUCAUCUCCUGUCAUUUCUCGUAUAUCAUCUUCCCAAAAUGUCAGUGCUGCCGCGACAAUGAAGAAAGGCUCUCCCAUGGCUUCGAACGUACAGGCACAACAUCAACAAGUUAUUGAUCGAAUGAUGAAGCUAACAGGCUUUGACGAGAACAAGGUUAAUGAGUUUAAGUUUGCUGUUUCGUCUUUCCGUGGAAACGUAAUGUCGGCACGAGAAGCUGUGGAUCGUAUUUCCAAACUGGUAUCCAACCCUCAAGAGCAACUCUCGGGAGUAAUUAAUCAUAUUGCAGAUUUAUUAGAAGAUAAGGGAAAAAGCAAACAGCUUCUUGAGGGAUGGCAAGAAUGGAAGAUUAUGAGUUCUCAGGAACAACCACAUAUUGGUACUAAUAAUGCCAAUUUAUUGCGUUUAAAAAAAUCAAAUCGAACAGCUGCUCAAACUGCGAGUGUGUGGAAUCGUAUUGAAACAGCUGCUAAACAUAGUGGACCGGCGUUGUCAGCUCCUGCGUCUAGGAAUAAACACGGCUCUGCGGCCACUUCAUCAGUCCCUUCGAAGGGUGUGAACGCUGGACCACGCCCUACUUGGGGUAUACCCACGAAAACAAGAUCGUCAGCUGUAAAUACGAGCUCUGAAGCCGACUUUCCCUCGCUUCCUCCAUCCACCUCAAAGAGGAUUCAAGUCCCAAUUGGUAAAAAGCCAGCUCGUGGGGUAGAUCCUUGGGCUGCUGAAGUUCAAGCAGCAUCAUCUUCCCAGGGUUCCGCGAAUCGACCUACAGCUUCAAAAAGAAAAAAUGGAAAAAAACAAACUGUUUUGUUUCAUCUUGGUUAAUGGGCUUUUGUACAUAAUGAGUGUUUAAUUAGUUGAAGUACGUGAAUAUAUAAUAGACAUAUGACAGAAGGUUACACUAUCAUGUCUUUUUUUAAAUAAUAUGAUCUUAAUGGGAGUCACUCACUAUAACUACAUUAUAAUAAACUCCUCAGAUACUAAAGAAACCUUUCCGCAAAUUGACU